AAGAAUUCAUAAUAAAAGAGGAACGAUAUGCUACAAUCGAGUACAUUAAUGGCUUAUCAUUAAAUUGUUUGCACUUUCAACGAAUAUAUCUCUGUUAACCAGUUUAAUACGAUCUUUGUGAACUUCGUCAUUGUGAGUUUGUUGUUGCACUGCAUCACAUAUACCGAAAUAAUGAAUCUGAUCGAAUAUAUAGGAUGUUUUAUAGCAUUUUUGAUAUUCUUAUACUGGUAUACAACAGCAACAUUUAAAUUUUGGAUUGAACGCGGUGUAGCUGGUCCAGUACCAACAGCAUUUAUUGGUAAUUUUCGUGAUGUUCUAUUUAGUAAAAUAUCACUCGGUGAAUGGCUUGCUAAAUAUUACCAUGAAUUUCCAAAUGAACCAAUGGUGGGUGUAUUUGUACGGCGAACACCACUUUUGAUACUUAGAGAUUUAGACUUAAUAAAAGACGUAUUUAUACGUGACUUUUCAAAAUUUCAUGAUCGUGGAUUAAAAACAUUUGAACAUGCGGACCCUUUGUCACAAAAUUUAAUAAAAUUGGAGCAUGCGAGAUGGCGCCCACUGAGAAAUAAAUUAUCACCGGCAUUUACGUCAGGAAAAUUAAAAGAAAUGUUUUAUUUACUUCGUGAAUGUGGUAAUUAUUUUCAAGACUACUUAGAAAAAACCGUCGCUAAAGAUGAACCUAUUGAAGUACGUGAUCUAACAGCGCGAUUUACAACAGACGUUAUUGGAACUUGUGUAUUUGGUGUACAAAUGAAUGCUAUGAGCGAUGAUAAUAGUGACUUUCGUCGUAUGGGAAAAUAUGUGUUUAAAGUGAACUCAUUUAAAUUAUUUCGGUUUCGUGUACGUGAAUUAUUUCCGGCUGUUUAUAAAAUUAUUGGACCUGCUAUGAAGGAUAAAAUGGUUGUUGAUUUUUUUAUGAAUACUAUGAAGGAUGCUAUUGCGCAUAGACGUAAAUACAAUGUUGUAAAACAUGAUUUUAUUGAUCAAAUAAUGGAACUUCAAGACAAUCCGGAUAAAAUUGAAAUAAAAUUAACUGAUGAACUAUUAACGUCACAGUUGUUUGUUUUCUUUUUGGCGGGAUUUGAAACUUCGUCGACGACAAUGAGUAAUGCGCUUUAUGAACUGGCGUUGCAUCAAAAUGUACAGGAUAAAUUGAGAGCUGAAAUUUUGGAUACGUUAAAAGCGUGUAAUGGUGAAAUUACUUAUGAUAUCAUUAAGUCUAUGAAAUAUAUGGAUAUGGUAUUUAGAGAAUCCUUGAGACUUUAUCCACCAGCGACGUUAUUAGUGAGACGUGCUAACUGUAAUUACACCUUCUCUGGUACAAAUAUUACGAUACCAACAGACAUGAAGGUAAUGGUACCAGUUCUGGCGAUUCAUCGAGAUCCUCAUAUUUAUCCAAAUCCAGAAGUCUUUGAUCCCGAGCGAUGGACACCAGAGGGUAAAGCUUCAAGACAUCCAUUGACUUGGCUGCCUUUUGGUACCGGACCAAGAAGUUGUAUUGGAGCAAGAUUUUCUAAUCACCAAUCAAAAGUGGGUUUAAUUAAAAUUCUUGAAAAAUACCGUGUUGAUGUAUGUGAAAAAACAGACAUACCUUAUAAAAUUCAUCCAACUGGAUUUUUAUUAGCGCCAUUAAAUGGAAUCUAUUUGAAAUUCAAAAUGUUAUUAGAAUUAACAUUAAUAGUUGUAUCACUAAUAAUAUUCUAUUAUUACUAUACAAAUAAUUGGAAUUUUUGGUCAUCGCGUAACGUAAAUGGACCAAAACCGUCUCUACCUUUUGGAACUGUCAGUGACAUCAUAACCGGUAAACAUAAUUUCGCAACAUAUCUCCAACAAAUUUAUACGGAUUACAAAAAUGAUAAAUUGGUGGGAAUUUAUGAGUUACGUAAUCCAGUUGUGGUAUUAAAUGAUUUAAAUUUAAUAAAAGAUGUUUUGAUAAAAGAUUUUAGUAAAUUUGUUGAUCGCGGGCAAGCGAUAAAUGAAUCUCAUGACCCUUUGUCAGUUCAUUUGUUUAAUUUAGAGCCAAAAAGAUGGCGGUUACUGCGUUCAAAAUUGUCCCCGAUAUUUACAUCGGGCAAAUUAAAAGACAUGUUUUAUUUAUUACUUGAGUGUGCUGAUCAAAUGGAAAAUCAUUUAGAUAAAUUUGAAAAUCAAAUUGUUGAUAUGCGUGACAUUCCCGCCCGCUUCGCGACAGAUGUUAUUGGUGUUUGUGCUUUUGGGCUUAAAGCAAAUGCGAUUGCGGAGGAAGACAGUUUGUUUCGUAAAAUGGGCAAGAGAAUUUUUGAAUUGAAUUUUAAAAAUGUUGGCAGAGGUAUUUUGGCUAAUUUCACCCCCGGGCUUUUUAAAAUCGUGGGUUAUUUUUUUCGAGAUACAGAAAUGGUUGAUUUCUUUGUUGGUAUUACCAAGGAUACUAUGGAUUAUCGCAAGAAAAAUGGUGUCGUGAGACAUGACUUUAUUGAUUUAUUAAUGGCACUGAAGGAUCAACCGAAUAAAGUUGGAGAUAUUGAACUAACAGAUGAAUUAUUAGCAGCCCAAUUAUUUGUAUUUUUCGCUGCCGGUUUCGAAACUUCAUCAACAACGAUCGGUAACGCACUUUACGAAUUAGCCCGCAAUAAAUCGAUUCAGGAAAAGUUAAGACAAGAAAUUCGCGAGGAAUUAAUUCAAACAAAUGGAAAAUUAACUUACGACGGUAUCAAAAAUAUGAAGUAUCUAGAUAAAGUGAUAAAAGAAACUUUACGAAAAUACCCUCCGCUGCCAUUUUUGUCCCGUCGUUCAAUGGAAACUUACAAAUUUACAGACACCGACGUGACGAUUCCCGUAGGCACUGAUAUCUGGUUUCCAAUAUACGCAAUCCAAAGAGAUCCCCAGUAUUUUCCAAAUCCAAAUCAAUUUGAUCCCGAGCGUUUUGAUGAGCAAGAAAUUAAUAAACGACAUGAAAUGACUUUCUUGUCAUUUGGAGACGGCCCACGUAAUUGCAUCGGUGCACGUUUUGGAACCAUGCAAUCAAAAGUAGGAUUAAUAACUGUUUUACGCAAUCAUACUGUUGAUGUUUGUGAUAAGACAGAUCUUAAUUAUGAGGUGAAUCGCCGAGGAUUUUUGUUGGUACCCAAGAAUGGAAUUUUUUUAAAUAUUAAAAAAACUCCUUAAGAACCGUUUUCAGAUAAUUUUGUCCAAGCUUUUCUCUGAGAUAAAAACCCUAAACGCUAAAUAAAGACACAGACCCGAUGCUUUACUCUAUGAACUAGCGAAGUGCACUUCAAUUUUUUGACAACUCCCAUUUGUUUACGAGAAAAGCUUGGACAAAGUUUCCAUUUACUGUACAAGUGCAACAAAGAUAGUACCGUUUAUCCACUUGAGUGCGAAUAGAGAAACAAAUGAAAACGCGUCUGAGAAAAAGCGAAUAUGAGAAUGACACCCUGGUCAAAAAAUCGAGCUUACAUGAAUUUGCUAUUUUUUUUUUUAAGAUUAAAAAUUAAUGACUUAUUAUUUCUUAUAACAAAAAAAAAAAAAAAAAAAAAAACGAUUAAUUAAUUAAAAUAUCAGCGAUAAAAAAAAUUUUGUUACUUAUUUUGGAAGAGGACCAUUUCGCCCACUGGAAAAAAAUUUUCUUUCUAUGGCAGCUGGAAAUUUGGUUCAAUCAUUUCGAAUGAAAGUCAAAAAAAGAAGAUUCACGGGAUUAAAAGCGAAAAAAUCUACUAUUGCAUUAGCGGUCUCGUUUUACCCGUCAUCCCCCUAUAUGUAAACAUAUAUAGGGGAUGAAAGGGGGUGGGGUACCCCUAAAAUUUUAUUAAAAAAAAACACUUCCGUAAAUAUAAUUGAGUUGUAUUUUGAAUUUUCUUUGUUAAACUUUUUUAAAAAUUGAGUGACAGUCGAAGAAUAUUAACGAUAUUUGUUUUAUGAUAAAAACUGUUAAAAUUUUUCUUUUGUAUCCAAUAAUUAUGUAAAAUGUAAUUUUCCUUCAUGCACAGUAAAAAACGAAUCGUCAAAGUGUAAAAAAAAACGUGUGUUAAAAUUCUGAGUGUUGAAUUUUUAACACUUUUGUGUGUCAAUUUAACAUACAGUAUUUAUCUCGUUUGAACUGUCGCAAUCGAUUGAUUUUUUAACACACAGAAAUGUCAUUUUAUUCGAAAGUAACACUUUUUAUAUGUUAGUAUCAAAUCAACACACAAAAUAUGUUAAAAAUAAUCUCGACCAUCACAAAAGAAUUCUUGGAAAAUUUUUAUUUUUAACUUAUGCGUGUGUAACUUUCUUUUAACACUUACAACAUGUUGAAGUAACAUAUAAAUAAAUGUAAAACGUUCGUUUUACACACGGAUGUGUUGAGUUUGACGAAUCCUUUUUUACUGUGUGUAAAUUAACAGAAAAAUUUAAUUCAAUCAAAUUCAUUUAAAAUCCAGAAUUUUUUUUUCUUUACCUCUUUUAGGGAAUACCCCAUUUUGCCCGCAAAAAUGAAAACUUUUUUUUUCAACGGCAACUGAAAAUUUUUUCAAUUUCUCUGAAUUUCAUUAAAAAAAAAUUUUGCGUAUUCGAGUUCUCGAAAACUCAGUAUUUCCUUAAGUAGACCGCCCCUUCUCCCCCCGCCGCUGUAAGGACUUUUUUACUUAAUAGAUUAUGUUGUACCUGAUUGAGUAAUUACGUAACCGCAACAAUAACACGUCAAGAUUUUGUUACCUGAGCAAUUAUCUGUAUACAUAAAAAAAAGCUGACAUUGCGUCUAUGAAAUAUUUUUUUCAUGACUUGCACUAUUAGAUAGAUCGAAUGAGAUUUUAGAAUAUUCUAUGCAAUUAUAAUACUGUACAUGUACAAUAUAUAUUAUUUAGA